AUGUGCUACAUUUGUUGUAGAGAAUAUUUUCCCUUAUCUAAAGGACACCCCAAUCUUUAUUCCUAUUCAAGAAGGAUGGUGGUGUUGGCAUCGUAUAAAAUCAAGAACCAACUAACUGCAAUCAAGAUCAUUGAGAAGCAGAGGGAGGAAGAUUUCAAAUAUGUCAGACGAGAGGCAUCGGUUCUCCAGAUGGCUAGCAGAUGCCCAUUUCUAUGCCGGGCAAUGGCAACAUUCCAAACUAAGUCACUAAUCCUGCUAGCCCUGGAGUACGUCAAUGGCGGAACACUGGAGAACAUCAUCGAGGACCGAGGACGUCUGAGUAACAAGCAAGUGCUGUUUUAUGCCUCAGAAUUAGUGGUGGGUAUACAGUUCCUGCACGAGAACGGGAUCGUACAUCGUGACCUCAAACCAGAGAACAUAUUGGUGGAUGAACAGGGCCAUGUGAAGAUCGGCGAUUUUGGUCUUGUCUGCACCGGUAUGUACGGCGCAAACACACGUUGUGACUAUUAUGGAACACCAGGAUACACGGCACCACAGGUUUUAUUAGAGGAGCCAUACGACGCUGGAGCUGACUGGUGGUCUUUCGGAGUCAUCUUGUACGAAAUGGCCACCAAUAGAUUACCAUUCUCACCGAAGGGAAACUUGAAACAACAGGUAGAAAGCAUUAUCAACAGAGAGCCCGAAUAUCCAGACUCCCUUUCUACCAAACUGCGUGACCUCAUAAAACAGCUCUUGAAGAAGAAGGCCAACCAACGCCUUGGGGUGAAUGGCAACAUCCGGGAUCACCCAUUUUUUUCAACUGUCGAUUGGUCAAAUGUGGAGAAAAGAACAUUAAAGCCUCCUAUAAAACCAAGUCAUGAAUCAGCCACGGGGUUCAACAGGAAAUACAUCUCAUUCCCGAAAGAGGACCCCAGCGAGACCCGUAUGCUCAAGGGGUUCGAUUACGUGGACCCGAGCUGGCUGGAGUAAUGAGUAGCUGUGCCGUCGGCAAGAGUCAUCCCAUCCAAGUACCGUGCAACAUUCCACCAGAACACCACUAGCACCUCCACUGCUACAUCCUGCAUAUCUGGUAAUGUAUGACAUUCUGACAACAGCAAAGGUGAGCAAAUAAUUUUAAUUACCAUCUUACUGUCCUGCUCUACCUUACAAUUACAACACCAGAAAAGGUACUUCUCCCCAAAAUGCACCAUCUUGCAGGUUAGUAGCACUGUGACCAACAUCACCGCAGAAAGCACUUACAGCUGCAUUUAAUAUCCCCAAGUGCUUUCUAUGCCAUUACCAACUCAUGCAGCUGUUUUUUUUUAUGUUCACAGCUUUGCACUUUUUAAGUUAAAAGUUUAGAAAAACAAAACAAAAAAAACAAAAAAAAAAUCCCCCCACCUUUCCUAUGUUAUACUACCCCAUCUUCCCAUGUUAACCCUUCCCUUAAGGUUUAAUAAAGCACAGCCUGUGCCCUCCAGGCUUUAUCAUUAUCUGUGAUGUCAUCAGAGGGGGGGAUAGGGGUGGGCAUAGCUAGUGGCCUGUCACAAGCCACCAGCGGUACCCCUCUAAUGACAUCACAGACUACAUACUCAACUAUCCUUUCAUUUCUAUCCCUUGCCAAGCACAGCCUGUUCCCCCAGGCUUUAUAGAGCACAGCCUGUUCCCCCAGGCCUUAUAGAGCACAGCCUG